AUGUCUUCUUUAUUCGUUGCUUUUUGCUUUACCAAAAAUGUUACUGGAAGUGAUAAGUAUAUUUCAGGAACUGCUGUAUAUCGAGCAACCCAUAAUAUUGAUGAAUUCCAUGAAAUUACCUUCAAAGGUUUUACUGGCAAUCUCGAUUCAUUGAUUGUACUCUUUGAGGAAAAUUGUAUUCUCUUAUUUACUGGCAGAUACGUAUAUGAAGAUUCAGAAUAUGUCACUUUGGUUCAAACUGUUCUGCUUUCUUAUUCAGAGGGUGAUUACGUUCUUACUCCUGAAGACCUUCCAAAUUCAUCUCCUUUAUUAAUUUACUCUGCUCCCAUUGUACCAAACUCUUACAUUCCUGAUAAUAGAGGAGGACAAGAAAGCUUUAUGUUAGCAAGAAGUUUAUAUAAUGAGGUUACUAUCUUAUCAGUUAUUAGAUACUUGAAAAUUAGACAAUCAAAACUUCCACAUCUCAUUGCUACCGACAUUGAAUGGACUUAUGUACCUGGUGAUUCAUCACCCUCCACCCCUUCUACUACUACAAAAGUAUCUUCUCAAAGAGAACUUGAUACCUAUCUUGAAAGUAUUGAAGAAAAAUAUGCUACGCUAACCUCUCAAGUUCCUCAAAAAAGACAAAAACUUAAUAUACGACCCUCACAUACCAAACCUUUAAAUAACAAAUUAACAUCCCUCAAUUUUCCUGAAAUCAUCUCUCAAUUUUGA